UCUUCGGGUAACAAGUGUUGGAAGCGGUUGGUGGUCUGUUUCCGAAAUAGACGUCGCUGCUGGCUUAUCUUGCGCGAGCGACUAGCACAUGGUUCCUCCGACGCUUAAAAUUCGACGCCGCGUAUUUGAGCAUUUAAAUCGGAACUUUGGCUGUUUCGCAGACAGUGAUUUCACGGUUCCACGCCCACGACUUUAUCGCGAAGCACGGCGUUUGUGACAAAAGAUCUUAUUUUUUGCUUGUUUGCCAGACAGACAUAUGAAGAAACACGUUCACCGGUCGAUUCUCGUUUUGUUCCGGAUUUAGAUCUCGCGAUUUGUUUACGGAUAGUGUGUGUAUAAAAUUAGACUCGCUCGAGAGGAACGGCAGAGUUUGCCAAUGAGCAAUGCGCGAUUUUGAUUUGAUGAGUAGGUUUAUAAUAGAAAAAAGUGCUGUGCAAUGUGGAAACAUACAAACCACGAUGAAAGGGUAGUGAUAGUAUAGUCACAGACAAACAUACGUCACACUCAUCAGUGGCGAUCGACUAUUUAAAGGGUCGAUUCGAAUACAUGGUACAUGAAUUUUAGCAUUGAGCGUACAUGUCCCGAUGACAGUGAUUUUGAUUGCGAUUUGUUCUAAGUGAUAAGUCUGUUUGUCUUUGGUGUCGUAGUGUAUAGCCCAUGCAAACCACAGCCCGAACAAAACAGCUGAUAGCAAAACCAAUCUCGUGUAGCUGCAUGCCGCAUUAAUUCCUCCUGUAUGAAUCGCUGAGGGGACAUGAACGAUUGUGGAUUAUUUGUUGGAUGAACUCCAUCCACACUUGCUGCUGUGAUGACUGCGAUUUCCAGAUGCGGCGUAUAAUUCAAUUUAUUCACCGAUCGGAGCUCGUCGCGUGCGGUUGAGGAGUAGGAGUGUCGCGCAUUUAGUGACGAACCACAGAACGACUCGUCGUCAACGUCUUCAUAGUGUGAAUAUGGACUUUGGUGUAAAACAAAUCUAUCCAGGAAAUUUAUACAUGUGAUGAUCAAACAAGGAAAGUGGCUUUAAAGGUGUUUAUGGUGAAGAUGAUCGCAUAAAUUUUAAGAAUAAAAGAAUCAUUCCAAGUGCUGAAUCCAGUGGAAGAAUUUAAAUAUAGGGAGAAUUUGUAGUGGAUCAAGUCAGACAGCCGGCGCCGGAAGGUGAAGAUAGAGGUCGUGAGUGAAGAUGGCUAUGAAAGAAUGGAUCUACCGAAUGCAACCGGUGCAGCUGUACAUUGUACUGGUGCUGUCGAUUCUGUACUUUUUGGUGCAACUGUUCCUGAGUCACAUCUCGCACGCGUUGGUGCUGCUCGUCGAUUCGUAUCAUAUGUUGUGUAACAUCAUCGCCCUGACCGGAUGUAUCCUGACGAUCAAGCACAGCAAACAGAAAACGGCAGAACCAUGCAACCGGAAGCAACUGUCCGCUUCUCGUAACUCCAUCGAUGCAUCUGCCAGCGAGGACCGCUUCAUCGAGAUACCAGUGCCACCGAAUGGAGACAGUGCUUCGUCCAUAUCGUGCAGUGCUGAUUUACAAGAAGUUGACAAACCAACCUCACCGGAAGAUGAGGCCACCAGUGUCAAACAGAAAGUCAAGGCCAAAGUGCGCCAACAGCGUGAAAACAGUUUGAAGAACACAUUCGGCUGGACCCGAAUCGAUGUCCUGACCAUGCUGGUGGUGUGCAUCUUUCUGGCUUCGUUCUGCUUCUCAGCCGUGGUGGAAGCGCUGCAAACCUUGUCCCACAUCCACCACCAGGACGCGAUGCACUAUCCCAUUCCGGUUCUCAUACUCGGUGCCAUGGGACUCAUCCUGAAUGGGUUCUGCUAUUUGCUCAUCGGGGGCUACACGUACCACCAGGGAAGCUUCCUGUACAUCACUUCCAGCGGAACGGUGAUACUGGAUCGGGUCGUCACCGGAGACGGCAUCCGGAAGGGCGAGCGUCGGCUGUCGGGGUCACGACGACACGUGGCUGCUGCAGCUGCUGGUUCUCCAAAGCGACAGAGCGUGCGAGAACUGAUGCGAGAUAUCUGUAGUACGAUCUUCGUCAUUGUGUGCUCGAUGAUUGUGCACUACACCAACGAGGAUGAGGAUACGUCCAAGUUUGUCGAUCCGCUGUGCUCGAUAAUGUCUUGCGUAGUGCUGAUGGUGCUCAGCUAUCCCUACAUGAAAGAAUCCGGCAUGAUUCUCCUGCAAACCAUCCCGAACACAAUCGACAUCGAAAUAUUCGAGCAAUCGCUGCUGAAGACGUUCCCGCACGUUGUGAGCGUCCACGAUCUGCACAUCUGGCAGCUCAGUGGCGAAAAGUACGUCGCUACGGCUCACAUUAUUUUCGAGGACCACAAGGUAUACCCGGAAAUAAACGACAUGGUGAUCAACUUCUUCCACGACCAAGGCAUCAGCAAGGUCACCAUUCAGCCUGAGUUUAAAACUAAGCUACCAGAACUGCCCCUGUUAACGUCCCCUAGUGCCAAAGAUGCCACCGACGCCAAUACCUCCACUAGUUCGUGCCUUAUGCAGUGUCGCCAGGAGGCUUGUCUCCAGAAGCACUGCUGCGAAAGAAUCAUCAAGAAUGAUGGCAAGAAAUCUCCCGCCAAAUCGAACUCCGCCUCCAAGGAGAAGAUCGAACAGAUUCCGAUGGAAGUCCACCCCCACUACCAGUUGGAAGAUGGCACAAGUGCGAAGGAGAUUCCCACAAUCACUCAAACCAUCAGCCCAACGCUGGCCAUCGAAAACGAAGCUCAGGCCCUAGCCUGCUCCACUAUUGCGGAGUGUUCGAAGGGCGACGCCACCAGCGAAGACCCCACCAAGCGACGCUACUAGAGUGAAGUACAAAUAACCAUUGAGACUGAUCCGAGUCAGAAGCAGAAGCUGAAACAGUCGAAAAUCCGUUACGCUUAUUGUAGUUUCAAAGUGAGUUGUUUAAGUUUUAACUGUUUCCUCGACAGGGAUGUUUCGUUAUCACGAAACACUACAAUAAAAAAACAGAGACGUAGUGCUACGUCAAAACGCACAAAGAAAGCUUUGAAUCCUAACAAAAUUCUCUAGCGGUAAGAUAUUAUAUGAACCAUGUGAGUAUUUUAUUCACUAAAAGGACGUUAAGAACUUGGAAAUACAGGAAAAUUUGAGUGGGAUCUAUCUUAUAGGAAGAUAUGGAAUCCCGUGGAGCAGGGUUACUAUACUACAGCGAGACAAACCAGUUUUUAUUUUAGAUGCUUUUAAAACAUUGUUGUGCAUUUGUACCGAUAGUAAGGCUUAGUAUUAGUAACUACAGUUAGCUUAAGUGACGAAGAAAAUAAACGAAUUUAUUUAAUCUAAUUUA